AUGGUUUCCACAAUCAUCAGAGGCCACAGGUUAGAUGGCUUCAUAAAUGGUAUGAGGAAUGCUCCAGCAAGAGUUGCAACAGGAGAUGGCCAACCUGGUUUUGGUGUUCGAACAAACCCAGACUAUGAGCAAUGGGUUGUUUGUGAUCAACUGCUCAUGGAAUGGCUCUAUGGCUCAAUGACAAAGGCCAUAGCUACUGAAGUCAUGGGAUGCACUUCAGCAAGAUCACUAUGGACAUCGCUUGAGAAUCUUUAUGGAGCUCAUUCACAGGCAAAGAUGGAUGAUCUCAGAACUAUGCUUCAAACCACACGAAAGGGGUCAACUACAAUGGCUGAUUAUCUCAGACAGAAGAGAUCAUGGUCAGAUCAGUUAGCUUUGGCUGGGGAUCCUUACCCUGAAUCACAUCUAGUGUCAAAUGUUCUUAGUGGACUUGAUGUCGAAUACAUCACAAUUGUUGCAUUGAUUGAAGCUAAAAACAAUCUCACACCACUAACAUGGCAGGAACUUCAGGAAACCCUCCUAAGUUUAGACAGCAAACUUGAGAGGCUUGGAGGAAUUGGAUAUGUAAAAACACAAGGGUCUUCAAGCUCUACUCCACCAUCUGCCCAUUUAGCCUCAUAA